CACCAGUGCCCAGGAAGUCUCUAGACUCCCGAGCCAUGCGCCGUCAGUCUGAUGUGCCGCUUUGAAUUGCUCAGCGUCCUCAUCAACCUCUUCCAGAAAGGCUCGCCCCGCAGCCAUACCCGCCGGGGCGAUUCCUCACCGCCGUCGCGCCCAACAUGCUCCACGAAAUUCUCCUGUCCCUCUCGGGGCACCCCUCCGCGCUGUUCGAUCCCCAGCAAGGACACUCGCACGUGACAUCAAAGCCAAUUGCCCUUCUUUCUCCCCCCGAAGCCGAAUUGCUUUCUUCAUUGGGCCAUUUGUCGCGUCUCCAUCGGCAAAUCCGCGACCAUGUUGCCUGGAUCGCGUCGUCGCAUCCUUCGACCGUGUGCCGAGCGGUAGCCACGGCAAUCUCUUCGCACCAUCUGGAAAGAUUCCAGCAGAAGAUCCUGGACGUCGAGGCCAGCAUCUUGAAGCAAGAUGCAUCUACUGUCGGCGCUUACAACAUCGUUCCUCUCGCCGGCAUCGUCGGCGAAUUCUCGCAGUGGGUAAGACUACUGGAGUGGCUCUGGGCGAUCAGCAACUUCAUAGCGGCGCCUGAGACAUCAAAAAGGAGCGAGCAGAAAGACACGAAGCCAGCAUCGGGUGCUGAGAUCAUCGAUAGGCUGCGUGCUGCAGCCCAGACGGGGUACCCUGAUAUCGAGGAAGCAGCCCUCUAUCUUAGUGCCAUUGCAGAAACAUCCUGGUUGCGGCAGCUCUCCACUUGGCUCAUAUAUGGCCGUUUGCCGGCCUUUGGGGCAUCCGACUUCUUUAUUUCAGAUGAGUCCGACGAGGAUCUUUCCUUCACCGUAAACCACAAGCUAUUGCCUAAGUUUGUCACUCGGCACACUGCGUCUUCCAUCUUGUUCGUUGGCAAAUCGCUGAAUCAAAUUCGGUCGCUCCCAGCCAACUCAAAGUCGAUGACUGGACGAUCCUUUGGGGCUUCAGAGAUGGAGUUGGUACCCGCGCAUGUGGCACAGCUCUCGGAGGUCAAAGCACCAAUAUUGUCGGCCAAGCUAUCUGAAGCCGUGGCCAACAUUCGUCUAUCCCUUUCCCGAAACCUGUUGCAACAUUUGUUGCCCCAGGAGAAAAUAGUCGAAAUCUUGACCGUGUUGCAUCAAUUCUUUCUUCUUGGGCGAGGUGAAUUUGCAAUGACUCUCAUCGCAGAGUCCGAUGAGAAGACGCAGUCUCGCCAUAAAGCACCCAUGAACCCAAAGACCUCGCGCGGGAUCCAAGGUAUUUUACUGAAAGAGGGCGAGAUUACUCAAACGCUUGCACGAUCUUUUACCGUCCUUUCCACAUUGGGCGGUGAAGACGACCACACGGAUGACAUCUUGGAUGUUGCCUCUGAGAUAGUCCACCUCACUGUUAGCGAUUCCUCAAGCCACCGCCCGGGAACACCAGGGAGGGCUAGAGAUCCUUCAAACAUCCUCCCCCGGAUAUCCAAUGUUGCUUUUAAUGAUCUACUUCUGUCCGUUCCGACGUCACUGACGAUGAACGUGAAAUCGCCACUCGAUCUCUUCAUGAGCAAAUCAGAUAUGGAGGUCUACUCAGCUAUCAACGCAUAUCUUUUAGCGUUUCGCCGGUCACAUCUGCACCUCUCGCAACUCUGGCGCAUUAGCUCCAUACGAAGGGAGUAUCCGCCACCACCUGGGUACCAAUACAGCAAUUCUCCCGAAGGCAAAGCUAUUUUGAAACGACGACGAGAGAGGAACAAUGCCCGCACGCGGGAGUUACGGAAAGUGUGGGCUACGUGUGCAGCAGCAAUCUUCUUUUUGUCAGAAGGCGAAGCGUACCUUCAAGGUGAAGUCGUGCGGGAGUCGUUCAAGCACUUUCUACGUUGGGUUGAGAAUCCUGGAAUGGAAUCACGACUAGAGCCACAAUUAUCUAGUGGGUCUAGAGGAUCGCAAACCCCUGAUCCACCGGAACACGGCCCUGAACAACACGAUCCCGAGGCUCUUUCUCUCGCCCACCGGCGCUUUCUCUCUUCGAUCACUUACUCGCUUCUUCUCACCGACCACGCUUUCACCUCAGCUCUGCGCACUUGCUUCACCCACGUGGACGAGUUGGUCGCAUAUGUCACACGUUUGCAAUCCAUACAGCAGAAUCUCGAUCUAGAAGAAGAUGAGGGCUUCGAAGAUUACAAGCACAACUACCAUCAGGAGGAGAAAGAUGUCAAACUGGAGCUGGAUCGUUCCCGACGUCGCCUGGAUUCCGACCUGAAGGCCCUUGUAGAACGGUUACGAGAGAUCGAUUCUGAACGCAUAGGAACUAGCGCGACUGGCAUGAUAGGCAAAGAAGCCACAGCCAGUGACAAGGAAUAUGAACCGUUGAAGAUCGGAGGGGUGGAUCGCCUACUCAUGAAACUCGAUUGGAGUGGUGAAGAGGAAGAGGACGAGAUCGAAGACUUGGUUUGAUGAUGCUCAAUCAUAUGGAAUUUUCGAUAAAGUCAGUAGCAUCAACCCACGACAGCAAGUUCAACGGCAGGCACAUAUUGGCAGAUUAGCGCUCAACCUUAUCUGGAGUAGCUAAAGGCCCUCGACUGCGGGACUACGCGCGAAACUACGAUCAACUUGACGAAAUGAGAUCAAGCGAUCG